UAAAGAAAAAAUAACGUUUAUAAAACUGCCUGGGUAAGACAAACCAAAUAAGAAAACAAAGAAAGAGAAGGAACUUUAUCAAAUGAUAUAUCUAAAUACAAAACUUUAAAGCUAUAAACAAGGAAUUGAGUAAAUAAAUCUUAAUAACAGCAGUUAAAAGGUAAAGAGCUUUACACAUAUCAAACUAAUUUAAGUACCAUUAUUACCAUUCUACAAGGAGAAAACCCUGGCUCAGGUACCUCACUGCCUCCAGAAAAUGGUUAGCCAAAAUGCUAACCCAGUCAGGCCCGCUGUAUUCUCAACUCAAAGAAUAAAAUCAGUGUGAGCAGAGUAGAUUCCAGAGCCAAGAGAACUGGAUUAUUAUCUCACCUUUCGUAAUUUUAGGUAAGAUAUCUCAUCUCUUUGAGGUUCUGCCUAUGAGUUAUACUAAAUCAGCAGUCAUUUUGAGGUACUGGCUACCGACAAAAAAGGUGAUUUCGCUAAGAAAUAAUUCUUAGGCAGCAGUUCCCGCUACAACCUUUCCACUACAUUAUCUUUCAGCUAAAAAUUAUUUUAAAACAAACGGGAAAUAAAAACAAGUAAACUAUCCCAAUCAUUUAAAUAAAUUUAACUGUGUAAGAACUCCCUACAUUGUCCUUAUUUUUCUAAUUUCACUUCAUACAAGUGAAAACAGUCUCGACUUUAGAAGGAAAUUCUCUCAAACCCUCAGUGGAAAGAACGUCACACCCAGAAAGGUUCUUUUUUGUGGCUGGGGCACCGCUGGACAGAGAACACGCUUCAAUUGCCCAACACUUAGCUCAGAACGAGGGGACGAGAGAUGUACGGAGGCCAGAGAGAGGUGCUGGGAUGGAUGCCAUGGCUAGUCCAGGGAAGGAUAACUAUAGAAUGAAAAGUUACAAGAAUAAAGCCCUAAAUCCCCAAGAGAUGCGUAGACGAAGAGAAGAAGAAGGAAUACAGCUUCGAAAACAAAAAAGGGAAGAACAGUUAUUCAAACGCAGAAAUGUCUCUUUGCCCAAAAGUGACGAAUCUAUGUUAGAAAGUCCUAUCCAGGAUCCAGAUAUCACUUCCACUGUACCCAUUCCAGAGGAAGAAGUUAUUACCACAGAUAUGGUUCAGAUGAUUUUUUCUAAUAAUGCUGAUCAACAGCUAACAGCAACACAGAAAUUUAGAAAGCUGCUUUCUAAAGAACCUAAUCCACCAAUUGAUCAAGUUAUACAGAAACCAGGAGUUGUACAGAGAUUUGUAAAAUUUCUUGAAAGAAAUGAAAAUUGUACACUACAAUUUGAAGCUGCAUGGGCAUUAACUAAUAUAGCUUCUGGAACUUUUCUGCAUACCAAAGUAGUGAUUGAAACUGGGGCUGUUCCAAUUUUUAUCAAACUUCUUAAUUCAGAGCAUGAAGAUGUUCAAGAACAAGCUGUUUGGGCACUUGGUAAUAUUGCUGGUGACAAUGCAGAAUGCAGAGAUUUUGUUUUGAAUUGUGAAAUACUUCCGCCUCUUUUAGAGUUAUUAACAAAUUCAGACAGACUUACAACCACCAGAAAUGCUGUAUGGGCUCUCUCAAAUUUAUGUAGAGGGAAAAAUCCUCCUCCAAACUUUAGUAAGGUUUCACCUUGCUUAAAUGUGCUGUCACGAUUGUUGUUUAGCAGUGACCCAGAUGUAUUAGCAGAUGUGUGUUGGGCCCUUUCAUAUCUCUCUGAUGGACCUAAUGAUAAAAUUCAAGCAGUCAUUGAUUCUGGAGUCUGUCGAAGAUUGGUGGAACUUUUGAUGCACAGUGAUUAUAAAGUUGUAUCACCUGCAUUAAGAGCAGUUGGUAAUAUUGUGACUGGUAAUGAUAUUCAAACACAGGUAAUUUUGAAUUGCUCUGCAUUACCCUGUCUCUUACACUUAUUGAGUAGCUCAAAGGAGUCAAUCAGAAAAGAAGCCUGCUGGACUGUUUCAAACAUCACUGCUGGAAAUAGAGCUCAGAUUCAGGCUGUUAUAGAUGCAAAUAUUUUUCCUGUUUUGAUUGAGAUUCUUCAGAAAGCAGAGUUUCGUACCAGGAAAGAAGCAGCUUGGGCUAUAACUAAUGCAACAUCAGGAGGCACUCCAGAACAGAUAAGGUAUUUGGUAGCCUUAGGCUGCAUUAAACCACUUUGUGACCUAUUGACUGUUAUGGACUCUAAAAUAGUCCAAGUGGCUUUAAAUGGACUUGAAAAUAUUUUACGUCUUGGUGAACAAGAAUCUAAGCAGAAUGGAAUAGGUGUUAAUCCAUACUGUGCCCUCAUUGAAGAAGCAUAUGGUCUGGAUAAAAUUGAAUUUCUGCAAAGCCAUGAGAAUCAGGAGAUUUACCAAAAGGCUUUUGAUCUGAUUGAACAUUACUUUGGUGUAGAAGAUGAUGACCCCAGCAUUGUACCUCAAGUGGAUGAAAACCAACAACAGUUUGUAUUUCAGCAGCAGGAAGCACCAAUGGAAGGGUUUCACCUUUAACUUGGUAGAAGGAAAAAUAAUGGCCAAAAAAGGUAGCUUCAGAUAACUCCCCUUCCUUGUGAUAUCAGUGGGAAUAUUUGAUUGAUUUUUUGUCGUUUUUUUGUUUUUUGGGUGUUUUUGGUAGAACAAAAAAGAAAGAAGUUGAUGCACUUUUAAAAAGCAAAAUGAACAUUUCCAUUCAGAUGCAACCUUUAUUUACAGUUUUGUUUUUAUUUUGAUGUUCCUGUGUUUAUGUCUUUCAUUGUUUUGUCUGUUUUUUUGUAUCUGCUUGUCAACAGUUAAAUACAUUAUGAGAUUAUUUAAUAAUUUAAACCUAAAAGGAGACCUUUGAUAAAGUAUUAUGUAAUGGUUCUGAAUUUUUCUAGCAUUCUUGUUAACUAUAAAUUAGCAGUACAGCUGCUGAUAAUUGCAUUUUGGCAGUAAGUUUGACAUGCCCAUUCUCUACUAAAUCUACCUCUUGAAGCAAAAAUAAAACAAAAACUUCAGAAACAUGAAAUAGAAUAAAAUCUAAAUUAAAAUGUGAAAAUAGAUCUUACCUUAAAUUAUAAAUCACUGUGCUGUAGAUUAUACUUUGCAAAAAAACAAAAGUUGCAACAGAAAACCUAUUUAUGAAACAUAGAAGAAAUACUGUACUGACAAUCAGUUAAAAUGUGGCAAUUGUGGAGAGAAGCUGUUCUUCAUGUUGAACACAUUAAAAUGAUUACUCAACAUUUAAAUAUUUGUUUUUAACAUAUAAAUGCUAUUGUAUAUUUUGUAUUUUGACCAAAUAUGCUACCAUUUUUGAAAUAAUUUUAUUAUUUUUUCACUGCUCAUUUUAAAGCGCACCAUGUUAGAGAUGCCAUCAUGAAUCUCUAGUAGGGCUGCAUAGCAACAAUAAUACUGUAAUUCUUUCUCUGAUUUUUCAGAGCAGUAAUUGAAAUGUUUCAUUUUCUGUAUAAUAGUGAACUUAGAUAUUUGGCAAAAUUAUACUGAAGAAAUCACCUGGUUAUGUGUUAAAUUUUAUUAAAUGCACUUAAUGUUUGGACACUAAAGGAUGAUAUUAAUGAAAUAUUGGUUAUUUGGUUGAAACCCAUAUUAGGACUUUUCCCCCUUUGGUAAUACCGAGGUCAUACUACUGCUUGUUAUGAACCAUUGUAUUAGAUUACAUUUGUAUCAGAUUGGUCAUAUAAUGUAUGUGUUUAUGUAUUAGUAGCAAAAACCUCUUCAUACUGUGAAACUUUAAAAACAAUUUCAAUUGAAAAAUUAUAUAUAUAUAUAUUUAUAGAUACAUAUAUAUGGGUAUGUCUGUAUGUUUUCACAGUACUAUACUUUGUAGUUUUGUAAGCAUAUAUGGUACUGUUGAAUUCAGUUUUUUCAUUUAUAGUUAUAUGCAGGCUAUUUACAUUUUCAAUUAUAUACCUAAAAUACUUAUUUAAAAAUCAGUUUACUGCAGUUUUAAGAUGGGAACUAGAAGCAUUUUUGAUAUGAUUCAUAGCCUAUUCUGUAAAGAAAGAUUUCAUUUACGAUAGCAUUUAUAAUGUUUCUGCUGGAAAUCAGAGGCAUGUUACAAAAAGAAAAUGUAUAUAGGAGUACUUUUAAAUAGUAUGACACUGUAAAUUAUAUAUCAUGAAACGAAGCUUUUGGCAAGGCACUUAAAACCUACAAGCUCUAGAACACAGGUUUAAAUGGUGUCCAUAAUGCUGACUACAUCUGCCAAAUCUCUUUUAAAUUGUUAAGUAGAGGACUGUAUCUGUGCCCUUUUUAUUGUAGUAGAAGUUAUGAAGCUCAGUAUAAGAAGUGUUUCUUUUGCAUUAUGUGUGUAUAUAUAUACACAUAUAUAUUCAAAAGAACAGGGUAGUUAUAUGAAAGAUUACCAAACUGAUGGUGAAUUUAUCAGAUACAUGCUUUUUUGUGAUGCAGAUAGUUCUAAGUAUCAGGUAACAGGGUAUUCCACUCUUUCUAAUCAAGUGAACUUGAUAAUGCAACAUAAUUCACAAAUAACCAGCUGUGCCUGCUUUUAUUUUGAGGACCCCGUAGUCACAUUAUAAAUCUCUAAGCCAAGGCUUUCAAACAAAAUAGUUCUUAUAGAAGGAAAAAUAAUAGAAAUAAGAGGAAGAACUUUAAGGGGAAGAUUUUUAAAGUUUUGCCAGUGAAAUAAGCAUUAUAUCUCUAGGUACAGAAUAUUUUAAGCAUUCAAAAUUAUGUAUAAUGCAUUGGAUCUGUUACUUGGGUGAUUGAUUAGAUUUGAAUGUAAGGGGCAAUAUGCAAGAGUUGGGACCAUCGACUGGUAUGGUGUUGACUUUAUUGAACCUAUAUACUAGCAAAUACUUUGUUCCUAAAAUUUUUUUUUAAUAGGACUACUCUUUUUAAAUGUGCUGUUUAAAAUGCUCCAGAAUUUAUUUUCAUUAAUCUUCACUGACCCUUGUGGAGAAAAAUUUCUCUUUUUAACUUGCUUUCCUAAGAUUUAUUAUAUUUAAACCCGAAAGAAACUGUGCCAAAAAAGAAAGAAAGAAAACAUGUUGUAAAGGGCAACACAUGCAACAUUAAUGCAAAAAAAAUCAAGAAAAUACUUGAAAGAGUCCUUUGCAUUCUUUAAUUAAAUUUAGUGUUUUAUUUUUGUCUGAAUUUGAAUUUUUACCAGCUAAUCUAUGCAAUUAUGCUUAUUUGUUUUCUAUUUGUGAGUACUUGACUCAGUAACCUGGUUUUUUUACUGUAAGUUUUAUUUUGAAAGGUGUUCCUAUAACUUAAUUUUUAGUGUCAUUUUGUUCACUUACUGGUAGCACUAGAACAGGAAAAUAAAAAAAUAAAAAGUAAUAAAACCCGCUGGCACAGAAACAGUGUAUCUUUUGGUAACUGUAAAACCUAUUUGCAGAUGAAGGUUGAUUUGUUGGAAAAGGACUUGUUAGACAAAGCAUUACCUUUGCCUUCAUAUUUUUUCUUCUCUAAAGAAGGAGCAUUAUGGAAAAAGUAAUUAUAAUACAAAGUCUUAGUGGAUUUUUGUUGCUGUUCUAAAUUUAGCAGUCUGCUGGCUGCUUUGUGAAACUGUGAAAUCAGAGUAAUUGCUGUUAACUUUUACUCAUUUUAGUUCAUAUCAUUGUUUUAUGAAAUGUGACAUAUUAGGAGCCAGUACAGUUAGGGCUUUAAAAGGAUAAUGCAUCUUUAAAUUCUGAUUGGGAAGUGGGAUGAGGGGAAGAUAUUCUUGCCUAACUGAAUAAACUGACAUUGGAGUAGUAUGCAAUAUUAUGAAAUGUUAUAGCACUAUAUUAAAAAUAAUAAAAUGUUAUUUUACAAUUGCA